CCUCAGAACUGCACCAACUGGGCUGGACAUGGAGGCCUGGUAGUCAGAAGGCCAACAUCUGUUUUGGCUACACAAGUUUGAGGCUAGCUUGGGUUAUAUGAGACCCUGUUUUACAUUUUUAAAAAAUUGUUAGGCGUCUGAUAUGGAGCCGUAAUUAAUUUAAGGCACUUACUUGCUGAGAGGUGGACGGGGCCUUAAGUGAACUUCAGCCUAGGGGUGGCGGGGAAUUACACGCCUCUCCAGAAAUCAUUCAGCCUGGGCAUUGUUGUCCCAAACAGAGAAGUCAGAAAGAACCCAAGAGGAAAUGAGAAUGUGUAGCGGGUUUCUUUGUGUUUUAUGAGCAUUACACGCAGGGAUUGCCCCCAAAAGUUGUGUCUAAAUUUCCCAGCCUGCCUGGAAAAUCUGGCUUGCACAGGCGGACCGGAAGUCGCACGCCUCAUGGCGCUGGGCCACCAGGGGGCGCCAGGCCAGGCAAGCGGCGACCGGAGCCGCGCGAUGGCUGCUGCCCGGUUGCUGCUGCGCCUGGCCGGGCGCCUGGAGUCGGCGAACUUCAUGCAGAGUGUGUGUGGCCUCCUGGGCGCCGAGCAAGGACCGGGGCCGUGGCACGCGCACUGCAGCUUGGAGCGAGGACGGCUUGUCCUCUCCAGCCAUUCGUUCCCCGGCGCCUCGGAGAGGCUUCCAAUCCAGAGACCCCCUUUCUGCCCUUUUGCGGCUCUGGACCAGCAGCCUGGGGGCUCCAGGACCGAGCUGCCCACGAAUAGAGGUGUGGAUGUGGCUGUGGCUGUGAUUCUUCAGUCCAGUGACCAGACUGUCUUGUUGACCCGAAGGACAUGCACUCUCCCCAUUUCCCCCAACAUCUGGGUCCCUCCAGGUGGCCACAUGGAACUUGAUGAGGAGAUACUGGAGUGUGGGCUUCGAGAGCUGCAGGAAGAGUGUGGGUUACAGCUGCCCCAGGACCAGUUCUCUUGUGUCCUUCUGGGGUUGUGGGAGUCUGCCUACCCUCCUAGGCUGAGCUGGGGUUUCCCCAAAUACCAUCACCUCGUUCUCUACAUACUCGUGAUCUCCCAGGAGUCACAGCAGCAGCUCCAGGCCCGGAUCCAAAUAAAUCCAAAUGAGGUGAGUGCCCUUAUGUGGCUGGGACCAGAUGUAGCAUCGGCUGUGGCCGCCACAGAGGAUGGCACAGAGACACCCAGACGUCUCCUCCAGGACCUACCACCCUCUCUCCCUGCAACCGAACUGAGGGACGACGGAGGAACCCAACCUCUGCUCCUGCCCGUGUCCACACUCCUUCGGACAACCCCAACCACAGCAGAGGACAAAGAACGGGUCAGCACGGGAACCAAGUUUGCUCUCAGGCUCUGGCUGCAACAUCUGGGCAGGUGAAGGCUUAAACCUCCUCAAAAGACGCCGUGAGAGCCCUAACGGAAGCUGUGGAAGGAGACUAAGACUACUUAGGACCAAAAGAAGUAUUCACUUGUCGGGGGUGGUGGAAGACUAGUUAUGUAAGUAUAUCCAGGACCUCAAAAAAAACCACCUUAUUGUGCCAAUCGAAUAAAUGCCAUUUGGAAUAGUAAAAGUGAAAAGGAAUGUGACUGCCACGUGCUGUGGGAAGUUCCCGCAGUUGUCAUUGGCAAUCUAUUGGAACAAUUCAAUGUAUGGCUCUGCUACUCACGAAUGUGACCUCCCGCUCUGUCUCCCUCCUCACCUGUAACCAUGGCACAUAUGUUGUGGGGCUAUUAUCAGGACUCAGUGAGAUAGUGCAUGCAAAAUGCUGAGCACGAUGUCAUCUAUUCUAAGUCCUUAAUGUCACACACUGUGGAUGACUAAAGGAGAUGCAGAGAGAGCUGAGAUCCAGGAGAAGUAAGCCCUAAAGUGGGAAGGCAUCUAAGUGACUGUCCUGGGACAGAGGGAAGCAGCAAAG